UCGGUGCCCGCGCCGCGGGGAGGUGAUCCUUUCCAGCACUGAGGAGGCCACGGCUGCCCGGCCGCCUGCCGUCCUCGCGGGCCGCGGCUGCGGCAUGGCCGGGAUCAUUAAGAAGCAGAUCUUGAAGCACCUGUCCCGGUUCACGAAGAAUCUUUCUCCAGACAAAAUCAACUUGAGCACCCUGAAGGGAGAGGGCCAGCUGAGCAACCUGGAGCUGGAUGAAGAGGCUCUGCAGAACGUGCUGGAACUGCCCACCUGGCUAGCCAUCACCAGGGUCUACUGCAACCGGGCCUCCAUCCGCAUCCAAUGGACCAAGUUGAAGACACAUCCGAUCUGCUUGUGUCUGGAUAAGGUGGAGGUGGAGAUGAAAACCUGUGAGGACCCGCGCCCCCCCAAUGGGCAGUCUCCCAUCGCCCUUGCUUCAGGACAGAGUGAGUACGGCUUUGCCGAGAAGGUGGUGGAGGGGAUGUUCAUCGUUGUUAAUUCCAUCACCAUCAAGAUCCACUCCAGGGCCUUCCACGCCUCUUUUGAACUGUGGCAGCUCCAGGGUUAUAGUGUCAACCCCAGCUGGCAGCAGAGUGACCUGCGUCUGACCCGCAUCACUGAUCCCCUCCGAGGAGAGGUUUUGACGUUUAAGGAAAUAACUUGGCAGACGCUUCGAGUUGAGGCAGAUGCCACAGAGAAUGGCGAGCAGGACCCAGUUACCACUCCGUUGAGGCUCAUCACCAACCAAGGCCGGAUCCGGAUAGCCCUCAAGAGAAGAACCAAGGAUUGCAAUGUGGUUGCCUCCAAGUUGACGUUCCUGCUGGAUGAGCUGCUCUGGGUGCUGACUGACUCCCAGCUCAAGGCGAUGAUGAAGUAUGCAGAAUCGCUGAGGGAGGCCGUGGAGAAGUCGGCCCAGCAGAGGAAGGGCCUGGCGCCUGAGCCUGCGCAGACCACCCCUCCUGCUCCCAGUGCUCAGCAGACCUGGGCCCAGGCAUUUGGUGGCAGCCAGGGCGGCGGCGGUGGCAGUAGCGGCAGCGGCAGCAGCAGUAGCCGCCUCAGCCAAUAUUUCGACAAGUUUGAUGUAAAGGAGUCUUCCUACCACCUGCUCAUCUCCCGCCUGGACCUGCACAUUUGUGAUGACAGCCAGUCCCGAGAGCCAGGCGUCUCUGCAAACAGACUGACGGGCGGCGCCAUGCAGCUUACAUUCCGCAAGAUGGCGUUCGACUACUACCCCUUCCACCGGGCAGGUGACAGCUGUAAGCACUGGGUGAGGCACUGUGAGGCCAUGGAGACCCGCGGCCAGUGGGCCCAGAAACUGGUGACGGAGUUUCAGAGUAAGAUGGAGAAGUGGCAGGAGGAGACCCGUGUGAGAGCACCGUGGCACCUGGGGGUGGAGUCUCCCUUCCGGAAGAAAGCAGACUCUUUCUCUGGUCCUGGAAAGAUCCCUCUUGACAAAAGUGCUGCUCAGGGCCGGCAGGCUGCCUGUGGGCCUCCAGCAUGGAAUCGCUUACGGUCUAGCUGCCUGGUUGUACGAGUUGAUGACCUGGACAUCCACCAGGUCUCCACAGCUGGACAGCCAAGUAAGAAACCAUCCACUCUGCUCUCCUGCAGCCGCAAACGCCACCGCCUCCCAGCUCAGGCGGCUGCUGUCCACGUGCAGUUCACGGAGUAUUACUUCCCGGAUAAUCAGGCGCUUCCAGUCCCCUGUCCCAAUCUCUACAUCCAGCUGAAUGGUCUGACGUUUACUGUGGAUCCUGCCAGCUUGCUCUGGGGAAACCUCUUUUGCUUAGAUUUAUACCGCAGCUUGGAGCAGUUCAAAGCUAUCUAUAAGCUGGAAGGUUCAAGGCAAAAAGAUGAACAUUUGGACAUUCGACUGGACGCGUUCUGGCUGAAGGUGAGCUUCCCGCUGCAGAAGCGAGAACAGGCAGAGCCACAUCGUCCCCAGGCUCUCGUCCUCUCCACGUCGGGCAUGGUUGCCACCAACACGCGGCAGGCCCCGCACUGCGGCUGUCCUGACCUACAGAGGCUCUUCCGGGCCUUUGCUGCUGCCGAGUUCUUUCGCUCUAGUUAUGGCCACUUCCCCAAGGUUCCUGGGGGCUUCAGCCUUCUGCACAUGCUCUUCCUGCAUCACGCUUUCCAGACGGAGUCCCUCCCAGCUCAGCCCAGCUCCCUUCAUCCUCAGAGACUGGCAGCAUCCCAGGAUCUCUGGUCCCUGCACUUUACCCAGAUCUCCUUGGACUUUGAAGGCACAGAAAACUUCAAAGGCCAUACCUUGAAUUUUGUGGCCCCCUUCCCCUUGUCUAUUUGGGUUUGCCUUCCUCUUCGCUGGCAGCAGGCCCAGGCACGGCGGCUCCUUUCGGCCUCAGAGGGGAGGCUAAAGCCGUCGGCCAGUUUUGGCAGUCCUGUGCACUCUGAAGCUCUUGCCCCUGAGUCUGUGUCCCAGCAGAGGUCAAAGACCGAACGGGAUUUGAAAAGCCUCUCAGGUUCUACAGAAGAAGCCCCAGAGGUUCUGAGAGACGGUGAUGCUGGCGUCGACCACAAAGGGCGAGUGGCCGAGCUGGAGGACGUGGCAGACGUUCACAUGCUUGUUCACUCGCCUGCGCAUGUCAGGGUGAGGCUGGACCACUACCAGUACCUGGCUCUGCUCCGCCUCAAGGAGGGGCUUCAGGGGCUUCAGGAGCAGCUGACCAAGGACACAGAAGCAGUGACUGGCUCUGCCCUGCGUAACCAGACAGCUUGCAUUGGCGUCCUCUUCCCCAGUGCUGAGGUGGCCCUCCUCAUGCAUCCUUCCCCUGGGUCCGCUGGUGCUGAUGCUGCGGGCUCGGAUACCACCAGCCUCAUAGACUCAGAGCUGUCUCCGUCAGAGGACCGCGAACUGAAGUCUGAUGCCUCCUCAGACCAAGGCCCAGUAAGCCCUGAGAAGGCCCUGAGGGACAGCAGUGUUGAAAGUGUAGCAGCGUCCCAGGAGAGGCUGCACGGCGAAGAAGAGCCACAGGACUUGGGUCCCCCUGCCCAGCAGCCGGCAGAGAAGAGCCACGAGGCAGUGGAGGCUCUACAGGCCAAGAAGCUGAGCAGAGCGCAAACUGCCAGCUCCCCAGCUGCCGUGAAGUCCCCGGCUGACAGGGAUGCUGCUCUGAAUGGACAAGGCGAGCCCAUACCCUUGAGAAACAUUGAGGGGGAAUUGUCCAGUGCUAUUCACAUGACCAAGGAUGCCACCAAGGAGGCCCUACAUGCUACCAUGGACCUCACCAAGGAAGCCGUGUCCCUGACUAGGGAUGCCUUCAGUUUAGGUAGAGAUCGAAUGACCUCUACCAUGCACAAGAUGUUGUCCCUGCCUCCCGCCAAGGAAGCCAUGUUGAAGCCAGAUGAGGCGGUGGGGACCCCGGUGAGUGGGGGUGCGGCCCGGCUCCGGUUUUUCUCCAUGAGGAGGACAGUCUCUCAGCAGUCAUUUGAUGGUGUCUCGGUGGACAGCAGUGGCCCUGAAGACCGGAUUUCGGUGGACAGCGACGGCAGUGACAGCUUUGUGAUGCUCUUGGAGGCUGAGUCUGGCCCAGAGUCCGUCCCGCUAGGAUCUGUGACAAGUGUCUUGGAUGAGAGUGGUGCUCCAGGGAGUCCUGUUACGGAUAGCUGUGGCCAGGGGCUUCCAGACAGCAGCAGCUCAGUGUCAGCCAGCGCUGACCUCGUUGUUCACUCGGUGUCAGUUCUGGUCCUGAAGGUGAAGGAAGUGUCCUUUGGGAUUGAGGUUCGUGGUGAGGACCUGACAGUCGCCUUGCAAGCAGAGGAACUGGCCCUGCAGCAGCUGGGCACCGUGGGGCUCUGGCAGUUUCUACAUGGACAGUGCCCAGGAACAAGCUUUCAGGAGCCCUCAAAUCUGAAUAGCGGCCGCACCAGGCCUGCUGUGGGACUGCGCUUUGAGGUGGGGCCUGGUGCAGCUGUUCACUCCCCACUGGCCACACAGAAUGGUUUCCUACGGUUCUUACUUCGGGGCUGUGACCUGGAGCUGUUCACCUCAGUGCUCAAUGGUCUGGGGCCUUUCUUGGAGGAUGAGGAAGUCCCAGUGGUUGUCCCGAUGCAGAUUGAUCUCCUCAACUCCAGUAUUACUCUCAAGGAUGAUAUCCCUCCCAUCUAUCCAACGUCACCUGGCCCUGUCCCCAUCACUUUGGCAAUGGAGCAUCUUGUGCUGAAGCGGAGUGAUGAUGGCGUGUUUCAUCUUGGCGCUCCUGCUCAGGACAGACCAUUGACUGAAGUAUGUGAGAAGCAGCAGCUCCCAAAGGAACAGCUGCUCCCGGUGCCCACAGGACAGGGUGUGGUAGGCCAGGGAGAAGACCUGCCCACCCUGCAGCAAGAACUUAGGGACACCAAGCAAGCGCUGGCCGUUGCCAACCAGGACAAAGAAAUACUUCUCCAGGAGAUUAGGAAGUACAAUCCUCUCUUUGAACUUUGACAUCAGCUCAGCUGGCUGUGCCAAGGAGAGACCAUAUCACCAGCAACAGCGCCACCUAGGACAGAGGUGCCGAGGAGCAGCGGGCUGGGAGCCUGCUUCCUGAGCUGCUGGCCUGGGUGGAGGACAGGGCAGAGCAUCGCCGCCUCAAGGAAGUGGGAUGGCUGUGUCCCUAGCACUGCGCAUGCCUUGCCUUUACGCAGCCUUGUAGCCCUCUGCGUACUACGCUAUGGGG